CUACAGCAUUUAAAACCAAAAUAUGAGAGAUUUGGUGGUGCUACUCAGUAUCCCCUCAUCACUGCAGCUCUAUAAAAAAAAUCGCUUUCUGUCGUAGCGCAAAGACUUGAUUUAUGUUCAAUUCACAACAGAAUUGCCCGAGGCAAGGAAACUGUAUUGUUGAUGCCUGAUUCAGGGUUGACAUAUGUAAACAGCCAUUUUCUUGCUCAUGCAGGCAUUUCCAUUUUUUUGCUCAGACUUACAAUUAUAACACGCGAUGGAUAGAUAUCCCAUUCCCUCCUCAUGUCUGGCCAUGCCAGGGUCCAGGGAAAAAUCUGGUGUAUUGGUCCCUGGACUACAGACACCAGCUAAAUAGGAAAAUCCAUGAGAAGUAUCUGUUGGUGGCAAUGAUCGAUUGGUCAAUCGACACAGAUCUCAAUUUAGUGUCCCCCCAAGUGAUCUAGGUAGACCAAUUCCAUGAGAAGUAUUCAAAAAGAUAUUAUUGUUCCUGCUACAUCACCAGUACUAUUACCAAAUACUAGCUAGUACAGUGACAUUGAACCAGUCAAUCCCACACAUACAUUGAAACAACAGGUGCUGAAUGGCUUAAAUAAUCAGAUCUAUGCAUGUAGGGUCCGAGUACAGGUUCUAGCUAGCUGCUUCCCACAUUUGAAGCGAGUUGAUAGUUGAUACCAAUGUUAAUAAUCAUGAUUGACAUUGUCAUUUUGAUCUUAUUUAUACAUGCUUGGAGCUGUUUUUGUUACACUUCUUUCUUGUUUGGUGAUUCUCUCGUUGAUGCUGGAAACAAUGACUAUCUUAUCACCUUAUCUAAAGCUGAUUCUCCACCAUACGGCAUCGAUUUUAUUCCCUCCAAAGGGCAGCCCACUGGAAGAUUUACAAAUGGCCGAACUGUUUCAGACAUUAUAGUGCAAGCUUUGGGUUCAAAGUCAUUUCCUCCGCCAUUUCUAGCUCCUACUACUCGCGGCCAGGCUAUUUUCAAAGGCGUCAAUUAUGCCUCUGGAUCAUCAGGCAUCUUGGAUAAGACAGGAUCUGUUUUCGUAGAAAGAGUACAAUUAAGAAAACAAAUCAAUGAUUUCGAGCAGAGUCGAGCUACAAUGAUGAGUAUGCUUGGCGAGAAUGGUACUACAGAUUUUCUCAAGCAGGUUGUUUUCUCUAUUACCUCCGGUUCGAAUGAUAUCUUGAAUUACCUUCAACCUUCUAUACCAUUUAUCAAAGAAGACAAAGUUUCUCCUGCAGUGCUGCAAGAUUUUAUGGUUUUGAACUUGACCCUACAACUUAAGCGACUCUAUGAAAUGGGAGGUCGAAAGUUUCUAGUCGUCGAUGUUGGUCCUUUAGGAUGCAUACCGUUCGUUCGUGCUAUCAGGCUAAUGCCAGCGGGAAGAUGCUCGUCAGAAGCAAAUGAAUUGAUUCAGGGAUACAAUAGAAAACUUAAGAAGUCGAUUGACACCCUAAAUAAAAAUUUGGGGCCUGAAACUAUUUUUGUUUAUGCCAAUUCCUACGACAUUGUUAUGGGGAUUAUAAAAAGAUAUCGAAAAUAUGGAUUCGAAAAUGGGGAGGAUCCAUGUUGCGGCGGCAAUUUUCCACCAUUUACUUGCUUCAAGGGAGGUAGUGCAAAUAUAAGCUCAGUGCUAUGCGAGGAUCGGUCAAAAUACGUGUUCUGGGAUGCAUAUCAUCCCACGGAAGCUACAAAUCUUAUAAUUGCCAAAAAGUUUCUUUACGGAGAUGAAAGUAUUGUUUCUCCUGUUAAUGUCCGUGAACUGUACAACUACAAUCUUACCUAAUCACUAGUACUGUAUGUUGUUUUAUUUCUGUAAUUGAAUGAUGAAUUGGAGUCAUUAAAAGUUUCUUGCUCAGCCUAUGCAAACAGCAGUGUAGAGUAUUGGGUGCAUAAAUCUUACUGCA